AUGGAUAGAGUGAAUAAAACUGUGCUUGAUGCCCUAGAAGAGCAUCAGUCGAUCCGGAUCCAUGGCGAUUUGCCUACCAAGAAGUUAGAUAGCGACGAUUAUCUAGCUUCAACACGUAAGACUAUCAGCGAAUUUGUCUCUUUUUGGAACGACAUAGCCAACUUGCAGCUUCUUGCGGUAGAAAUCUGGCCUCGACGUUCCUACUUUGCUCUCGAUUUCAACAAUAGCAAGUACGACUAUGACAAAGCCCAUACUCAGGUGAUUGUUCUACCUGUGUAUCUGCUUCGGAUGUCUCGAAGAAGUGGUUCCUGGAGGAUAUUUCGACAUAAGCCCGAGGAUUCUCACCUGGCGAAGCGAAUUGCGUUCUUACAUGAAGGGAAUGGGCAAGAUCCAACUCCUUUCCUUGAGGAUCACAUUAAAGGUGUGGUAUACGGUAACCCACGGAACCUUCUACCUCCUCUAGAACCUUGA